AUGAGGGAGCUUCAAAGUUUGGAGCAACAACUUGACACUGCUAUCAAGCGAAUCCGGACAAGGAAGGAUCAACUUAUGCACGAAUCGAUUUCUGAGCUUCAGAAAAAGGAGAAGGUACUGCAACAGCAAAACAAUCAACUGACAAAGAAGCUCAAGGAGAAUGAGAAGAACAUGGCUGAUCGGGCACAAUGGGAGCAACAAAGUUUAGGCCAAAACUCAACCACCUUUGUGUUACCUCAACCUGAACCACCACAACUACUGCUUCCUUCUUUAUCAAUUGGUGGCACUUUCCAGGGUCAAGAAGCCAUAACCGGAGAGAAUGGAGGUCGAGCUCGCCCUGGUUCCAACCCACCCAUGCCAUCUUGGCUGCUUCGCCAUGCUAACAAAUGA